AUGGACCGCAAGGAGGCUACAAGGCCCUGCCAGGACGCAGAGUGUGGCGGCAGUGUCUUCCUGGGGCGCCGCAGGGAUCCCUCCCUGGCGACCACCACGGGGCAGAGAGAUGCAGUGAGCUGGGCCCGAGGACGCCCCAGUCACCUGGACACACCUCCCAACAUCUACGAGGGGGGCCUGGGGGCCCAGCAGCAGCAGUGCCCCAGUGCCCAGGGAAACAAGCCCAAGAACUUCCGGCUGCGCCACCUCCGGAGCCUGGCUCUCUACCUGCCAGGCCAUAUGCAGCCUGCUGGCCAGUGCGAGAGCCACUGGCUGGGCCGGCUUCUGGCUGGGGGGUACCUACCACAGCCUGAGGGCUCAGCCUCGCCCUUGGACCUUCCACAGGGGACUCUGGGCCCAAGUAACAACCACUGCUCAGCCCUUCUGGAAGCCCAACUACCCAGGGACAGCCUGGGAGAUACAGCUUCCAGUUCCAGCAUGGACCCAGCCAAGGGUGCCCCUGCCCAGCCAGGUCCCCCUGAGGGCUUGGGGCUCAGGCCCAAGAGGUCCUGGGGAGCCUUGGAGGAGGCCAUGUGUCCCUUGUGCAAGAGAACCUGCUCUGGGGCCUUGGAGAGGCCAUAG